AUGCUUCACAACCGCAAAGCAGCACCAAGUGACCGCCUCGCUGAUGGCAGUACGCUACUACAUGAACUGCUACGUUCCAGUUCCUAUUUGCAAGAUUCGCGCUACCUUUAUGCGCUCCGGGACUUUGCAUUUUCACUCAUUGAUGCCGGUGUGCCUGUGGCGGAGAAAACACUCGACGGCGACUCGGUAGCUGAUGAGGUUCUCUUAAGGAUGUCCCAUGUGCACUUGACGAGAGGGAUGCCGAAUCCUGUCGGCCAGUUGCUAAAAAGGCUUUUCCUGUCUGGCAGCGAACUAGCAUCACUUGCGGAGGUACCUUAUCUACGUCGUUUGUAUCACAUCCCUCAGCCGCUUCACGGAUUUUGGUAUCGGAAAACAGCCCUUGUACAAAGCCUGUGUCUCCAAAAUAUGCUCGGUGACAUCCAGUUUUCGCCACUUCAGAUGGCAAUUGUAACAAAGUCGGAGGAAGGGCUUCGAGAGUCUCUGCUGCGAACAAAUGAUGGAUUUUCUACUUCACCACCCUAUACCCCGGGGUUCGGUACGCUUUUAGCUUGGUGCUUGGGAUGGAUUCCCGGUAUGAUGCUGGUUUUGGAAUCUCCUCUGCCUCAAAACGCCUAUUCAAUAUCCAGUUGUUUUGACGUCGCGUGCCUAAACAAGGACAUUGAGUCUGCAUCGUUAUUACUUGACCAUAACCCGGAGAUAACACUACACGCAUUGCGUAGUGCCGUUCAUUGCAGGGAUAGGGCUGUUUUGAAGACCGCAAUUUCGCUAUUGGCCGCCCAACGGCACGCGCUCCAGGAGAUGGCUCUUCACCAUCUAGCAGCUGAACAUAUUCGGUCAUUGGAACUACCAGAAAGUGGCCUAUUAGACACCAAGACUCGCUUAGUCUAUGAUGCUCUUGUGCGGCAGGGAAUUAAGUCCUUACCAUGUGUGUUCCCAGAGGUGGGGUCUGUAUAUAGUGCCCUUAGAGCAGAUAUACCUGCCGCUGAGCUCCUCUACGUCGCCGAGCUCCUCUACGCCGCUGGAUUCACUGACCUGAACCAACGUUGUGCAACUGGAAUUACGGAAAUUGGAUACAUGAGGUUGUAUUCUGGCUCGUUGGUGUCAUUCGCAACUAUGGCCGACUGGAUGAUUUCCAGAGGUGCAGACCUUUACAUCCCCUCGCGACACGGCUAUCCUGCAAUAUUUUACGUUGCGGGUGAACUCGGGUCUGGACUUGGUACGGUGAGCUAUAAAUGUCACAAGAAAUCCUGUCUCCACGGUAGCACGUCGUCGUGUGAACUAGGGACGAUCCUAUCAACACAUGUUUCUGUGGUAGACCUCAUUUCCACGGUGCUCUCAGAUGGUAUCACGGACGACUGUCUCUGCGCAUGCUCAGGGCGUGGGUGUUCUCCGUUAACCCAACUGCUUAAAGCCUAUCACAAUUCUAACCGCUUAUGGAUGAUUGGCCACCUUCAAGAAAUAGUAUCCAGAACGCUGAACACGGACUGCUGGAAGACAACAGUUUCCGCCAUUGUUCGCUAUCUUACCUUUGAGGCCCUGGAGAUGACCCAUACGUGUCAUAUCACAUAUACUUUUGGAGUGAGAUGUCUAGAUUCAGAGGAGACUUGCGAAAUACGCGACGAAGAAUCCGCGAUGAUAGUGCAGCUCGAUGAACUGAUGGUGGAGUUUGACCGAAAAUACGAUGAACUUGACGUCGGCAUCAGGCAAUUUCUUGAGGGGUAUUGGCAUACUCGUAUGGACGAGGUGCUUCAGGAGCAGCAGGGCAUUAGCCCUGACGAAUCUAUGAAGGUUCGCGAAAUUGGUGUUAUUUUAUCGGAUGCAGAUUAUAGUUCCUCAGAUGACGGAGAGGACUAA